AUGGACAGCAGUGACUCUGACCUGAAGCAAACACACCUGGCUAAAGUCAAAAGCUGCAUUGAAAGUCACUAUUUUGUUUUCAAGGGAAACAGACAGCAUGACGCACACAAGUUCUUGAUGGCUUGCCUGUCCUUUCUGAAAGAGGAAAGCAUGAGCUUGAGAUCGUCUCAUCCCUCUUACACCUGCCCCGUGUCCAAUAUGGAGUUCAAGCUCAAAAACGAGCACACCUGCAAAAGCUGUGGCCUCAAGAAGAGUUUCACAGAGGAAUCAAACUGCCUCUCGCUGAGCAUCAAGCCUCACUCGAAUCUCGCAGACAGUCUGCAGCUGUACAUGAGCGCGUCGCUCAUUGAUAGCAUGUGCAGUCUGUGCGGAGAAGUCCAGGCCUCCAAGACCCUGAAGUUCCUCACUCUUCCUCGGGUCCUGGUCCUUCUGGUGAAGCGCUUUGACUUUGUGUCCUCCACGAUGAAGACGAAGACUUCACUGGAGAUCCCAGAGGAGCUGACGCUGUCCUGCGUUAAAGGAAGAAGCUCCGGUCUUCAUGAGCUCACAGUACACACUCUCAGCUGUCGUGUCUCAUCUGGGAAGCCAUAUGUCUUUUGGACACUACAUCAGUCAGAUCCGUCGGUGCGGCGAGGACGGAUGGCUGCGGUGCAGCGACGCCUCGGUCAGAAGGAGCAGCUGGAGCGAGGUGUCCGAGGACGUCAGGGAUAACGGAUACCUGCUGUUCUACGUCCAGCGGUACUUCAGUGUCCACUCCUCAGCGCGGAUCGGUCAGCUGCUGAUAAAAGCUCUGAACUCACUCUCGUUCCUGCAGCUGAGCAGCGUUUGGUGCUCGACACCGAUCUGAAGACGCAG